UUGUGUCUGGUCAAACCCUAAUCAACUCUUGUAGUCCUAUCGCUCUUAAAACUUCCUUUCGUCUUCCUGCAAAAACCCUAGCCUCUCUCUCUCUCUCUCUCUCUCUCCCCGCUGCUCAACCAACAACCAGAAAGCAAUGACAGGGGAAGCAGUAAACCCUAAAGCGUACCCGCUAGCCGAUGCGCAGCUCACCAUAACCAUUAUGGAUCUUGUUCAGCAAGCCUCUAAUUACAAGCAGCUCAAAAAAGGCGCUAACGAAGCAACAAAGACAUUGAACAGGGGUAUUUCUGAGUUCGUUGUAAUGGCAGCAGACACUGAACCUCUUGAGAUCCUCCUCCAUCUUCCCCUUCUUGCUGAAGACAAGAAUGUGCCCUAUGUCUUUGUCCCUUCAAAGCAAGCCCUUGGACGAGCAUGUGGAGUCACAAGACCAGUUAUUGCAUGUUCUGUGACAAGCAAUGAGGGAAGCCAAUUGAAAUCCCAAAUUCAACAACUUAAGGAUGCCAUUGAGAAGCUUUUGAUCUAAAAGGAAGAGUAAAGAAGCAGUUUCGGUGUGAUGGGCCUCUUGAACGUGGGAGUUGCUCCUUUGGAGGCUUUGACUGAUGGAAGAAGUUGUGUUACGAUUGAAAGACCUUUUCCUUUUGCUUUUAAUUUCUAGUUUUCUUGUGAUGUUUAUUGACCAAUGUGAGAAGUAACGGUUCGUGAGUCACAUCUUUAUGUAAGACAUCGACAUUGUGUUCUAAAACUUAAUCUCCGUAUGUUUCAUUGCUGUAGUUAUUCAAUAGUAUUGCGCUUUUUACUACUA